AUGGCGCCACCUUCUAGUCCGUUAGAGUUGCAAAGGGUGACUCCUAACGAACGGAAUCGUGUUCAUGCUGAUCCUGAUGCAUGGCUCACAUCACCCCUACAAGGCCGACGUGCCAUGAGAGCGCUGAAUCGACAGCCUCGUCAGGAGCCGCAGACAAAUCUAAGUCCAGUCAUGCGAUGUAUCAAGUUCUUAGCCUGUUGGGAUUGUGGGCCCGUUGGAAUAGUUAUCGCUAUUGUGACAUUCGCAACUACCACCGUCUUGGCCUACGAGGUGUUUGAAGUUACGAUUUGGACUGCUACAAAAGACUACAUCUUGUAUUGCCAAUCAGAUGCUGGCAAAGCUCAGGCGGACGCUCAAUGUCUCGCCGCAGCCGGCCAGAAUCUUCGUCCACCACCUUUUUACAAGGAAUUCAAAUCUCUGAACGGUACUUUGUAUCGCCGAACACUGACAGGACAGCUGCUAGGAGCUACUGAGGUCAAGACGCACAGCAAUGCCUGCAUAUGGAUGUGGGCCAUCAAUUUACAAGUUUUCAGCUGGCUUGCUCUUUCUGCGAUCUGUCAAAUCGCAUCGCGCAUGACUAGAAAGGUCCAGCUCGCGAUUCGAAAUCACAAUCCUACGAGGGAAGAGGAUGGCGACCAGGAUUUAUUUCAGCGCGCUGCCAGUUUACACCGUGAACACGAUGAUAGUCUUGUUAGAACUGACUUCUGGGAAACUUCUGCAACGGCCUUCAGACCCGAGGAGGAGAGAUCGGGUCUACGGCUGCGUUCGACAAGGCAGAAGGGGGAAGUUCCAAGCAACACUGGCCGCGCUGGCCCACAGUCGCUGGUGGAAAACUCAUCCUGCAGUCUAAAAUUGAAGAACGAUCAAGUCGCCGGGAUUGGACACCUGACUGGGGUGAAUGUGAGUUAUUUGGACUCAAGGUCGCCGGAAAAAUGGUUCAGUAUAAAAAAUCUACGUCGGUAUCGAAGAACAUAUUCAGUAAGAGACGGGCCAUUUAAAAAGUCUGCGCAUCCUUGGCAAACAUUGUUUGCCCAAGUACUGGUCGAUCCUACAGUCGAUGUCGUGCAAUGGCUCGGCAACCUAUAUGGCCUUGAGAUAUCGGCCUGUACUGGAAACGCGAGACGGAUUUCACUUAUCCAACUGAUGAUGACGUCUACUUUGAGGGACCACUUUGAGAAAUUCUUCUGGAAAAACCAAAUGUGCCUCCAGACGAUGAAUGGCAUAUUCGAGCGAUGCGAUACAGAAGCCUUCGCUGAUGCCUACGAGAAGAACCUCUCCUGGCGUGAAGAUAUCAACCGCUUUAUCCGAGGCUGUCUGGGGAUCCUUGAUAGAAGGAACUUCAGCACCCAGAGUCUGAACGCAUUGUGGUUCGAGGAGGGACAAUAUUACAAUGUUGAACUUCCCUCAAAGCUAAUGCUAUGUCCUUGGCUGGAAAUAUUCAAUGAUAGUUUCGAGACAAUGCCUAUGGCUGUCAUUACCAAUACUUGUUUGUCUGCCACCGGGAUCCCGUCAGGCCGAACUUGCAGAGAAAUCGACAGAUUCCAAGACGAUCAUGUGCCGGUCUUAGAAACCCGACUCCUGAUCGAAGCAAAGCGCGCGAAGUCCGGGAAAGCUGCGGAAUGGAGAAUUCCCCAUGUAGCGCGACUCCUACACCCAAGCGAGGAAUGGGAGGACCUGAGAUUUUCGACAGACGGUGGACCAGGAGUUCUGGAAAUCAAAAGGUUAGAGCCGAGACACAUUGCACAGGGUUAUUGUGUAGCGGAAUGGGACGGUAAGAAUUUGCAGAGGACCCACAAGACGAAAACCUUUCGAGAAGAUUUGACUCGACACAAAGGAUUCGGAUCCGUCGCCUAUAUACUACCUGCUUUGAAGGGCACCAAGGGACACCAGAGAUGA